AUGCUCACUAUCCGCCCGGCUACACCCGCCGAUGCGCCCCUGCUCCCCGCUGUAGAACAAUCCGCCGGCCAAGCUUUUCGCCAUAUUUAUGACCUCGCAUGGGUUGCCGACGAUUCCGGUCAAUCGGUAAAGCGCCACCUCACCCUCAUUGCGCAGGGCGUCGCUUGGGUGGCGCUCGAAACUGACCUAACCCACCAAGAGGUCCUAGUUGGUUUCUUAAACGGCGAAAUCCUCGAUGCCAAUCUACAUAUCUGGGAAGUGUCAGUGGACAAAGACCAUCAGGGCAAGGGGAUCGGCCGAGCCUUGAUGGCUCAGGCAAAGAAGUGGGCAGCUGAGCAACAGCUUCCGUUUGUGACAUUAACAACAUUUCGCAAUGUCCCGUGGAACGAGAGGUUUUACAAGUCAAUUGGAUUUGUUACACUAGACGACGGUGAAGUGACGGCUGCUUUGAGAAGGGUGUUGGAUGCUGAGGUCAGAGAUGGGUUGCCGGCUGAGAGGAGGUGUGCGAUGAGACUGUCGCUGCAAUGA